GAAAACAACAAGAAAAUAGAGGGGGGGGGGGGGGGGGGAUGGCGGCGAUGCUACGCCACGCCGUCGCCGCCGCUGCGGCUCUCCUCGUCGCCGCGGCCGUCUCCACCGACGGCGCCUCCACGUUCUACUCCUCGGACCCAAACCUCGGCUCCGCCCGCAUCGUCUUCCAGACAAAUCAUGGUGAUAUCGAGUUUGGCUUCUUUCCUCAUGUUGCACCCAAGACUGUUGACCACAUUUUCAAACUUGUGCGGCUUGGAUGCUACAACACAAAUCACUUCUUCAGGGUUGACAAGGGUUUUGUUGCACAAGUUGCUGCUGUUGUGGGAGGUAGAACCGCCCCUAUGAAUGAGGAGCAGCAAAAAGAAGCAGAGAAAACAGUUGUUGGUGAAUUUAGUAGUGUCAAGCAUGUCCGGGGAAUUCUCUCCAUGGGAAGGUACUCUGAUCCAGACAGCGCUUCCUCUUCCUUUUCUAUCCUUCUUGGUGACGCGCCACACCUUGACAGCCAGUAUGCUAUAUUCGGCAGGGUCACUAAAGGUGAUGAUACAUUGAGAAAACUAGAGAGGCUUCCCACCCGUAGAGAAGGCAUAUUUGUUAUGCCAAUCGAGCGUAUCAACAUCCUGUCAACGUACUAUUAUGAUAUUGAUGUAGAGAGUUGCGAAGCAGAAAAAUCUAUUCUUAGGAGGAGACUUUCUGAAUCAGCAUCAGAAGUUGAGCGAUGGAGAAGAAAAUGCUUCGCCUGAUGCUGGAGUUACGUUAGGGCUGGUUCCAUCUCCUGGGGCUGAUGGCUGAGGCACAACUAUGGGCGCCCCUGGAAUGUGUAUGUUGUGUGCAUUUAUACUAGCAAAGUGUUACAUGAGUUGAUGCUAUAGCUGUAAUGUGGAAGCAGUUUGAUAGAAAUGCGAGUAGAUAUUCUGUGGAUCUUAUUUAGCACACUAUGGAAUUCUGUACCGGUUGCGAUAGUGCCUCAAUUUGAUUUUUGUAGCUUGGUUUUGUCAAACAAUGUAUGUUACUGGCACCCACACUUGUGUAACUUUUUAAAAAAAAAUCAUGUUUUUCCUGAA